AUGUUCCCUUCGCAGGCGGCUAAUUUUAACAUUGAGGCUCUCAGUGGGAUCUGCGGAUCGAUUUCGAUUGCCUGUUGGGUCGUCGUUUUCUCCCCUCAGAUUAUUGAAAAUUUCCGACGUGGUUCUGCAGAUGGUCUCUCGCUUCUUUUCCUCAUUGUCUGGUUGGCUGGCGAUGUGUUCAACAUCCUAGGCGCCGUCCUGCAGGGCGUGCUCCCUACAAUGAUCAUCCUUGCAGUGUACUAUACUUUGGCCGAUAUAGUUCUACUGGGACAGUGCUUUUACUACCGAGGUUUCAGCUUGAAAGCAGAGCUGUCUUCCUCGCCUAGUCCUCAACUUUCAAUCGCCGACGGUACCUCCGACGAGGAACAAGCUGGUGCCGAACAUCAACCAGCACCAACAGAGACAUCAUCCCUGCUACCAAAGCCUACUGGACAUGUCAAAAUUCGGGAUCCAUCCCCCAGUGCCUUUGGGCAGCAACCUGAAGACCGCACACGCCCACUGUCCUCUGGAAGACGUCAAUCGGCAACCUCCUACCAUGAUAUCUUCCACUCAUCAGUCGACGUGGCCCACCUGUCACCAGCAACGCCCUUCGUCGAGCCCCCAUCCAACUUAGCCAACAUCCGUGCUCAACGCGCUCGCCGCCGUCGCAUCUCCGCCAUCCAAUCCGCGCUUUUCAACCUAACUGCCGUUGCUCUGGUUUGUACUGCUGGAGUGGUAGGCUGGUAUGUCAGCCCAGCUUCGAAGUCUUCCGCGCCAGACCCAGAACCUCUCACCAUGGAUGUCCUGGGCCAGGUCUUCGGGUACUUCUGCGCAGUCUUGUAUCUGGGAUCACGUCUGCCCCAGCUUCUCCUGAACUACCGUCGCAAGUCAACGGAUGGUGUUUCCUUGCUCUUCUUCCUCUUUGCUUGCAUCGGAAACUUGACUUAUGUGCUCUCGAUCCUGGCAUACUCGCCUGUUUGCCAGGGUGGGUCUUCCGAGGAAGUCUUCGGUCACCACCACCACCGUGCGCAGUGUCGUCCCGGCGAAGCCGCUGCGUUGUAUGGCCGUUAUGUGCUCGUGAACCUGUCGUGGCUGGUAGGCAGUGCUGGCACGCUGCUGCUGGAUAUGGCUAUCUUCACACAGUUCUUCCUCUACCGUGACAGCAAAAUUGGUGACGAUGAUGAAGAGUAA